AUGUCCACUCCCGCUUCACCUUCACUGGCCGGACCGUGCGGCGACUGCUGCAUCAAGAUGGUCAAGCACUCCGGCGAGCCUCGUGGCAAAGCCGUAGAGUACGGCGGAGCACGCACGUACGUCGUGACCCCGGCCGAUUUCGGGCACAAGACGGAAGGACCGCACGGCAAAGGCGUGGUCCUGUACUUCUCCGACAUCUUCAACGCUUUCUAUAUCAACGCUCAGCUCACGAUGGAUUACUGGGCUAAUAAUGGGUACACUGUGCUCAUCAGGAAAAACCCAAAUUCCUAUUGA